AUGGUCCAAAUUCACAAAUCUCUCACCAGCUACUGUGACUGCUUUGCAAACGGAGAGCUCUGCAGCAACUGCAGCUGCAUUAAGUGCCACAACAACAUGCAUCAUGCGACUGAUAGAAACAAAGCAAUUAAGGCCUGUUUAGACAGAAACCCGGAUGCCUUUCGUUCUAAAACCAGCAGCGGUGUGCAGGGGGAUGCGAAAGGAAGUCAGACACGAGGCUGUAACUGCAAAAACUCGGGCUGCCUGAAGAACUACUGCGAAUGUUACAAGGCAAAUAUCAUGUGCUCGUCUGUGUGUAAGUGUGAGAGCUGCAGUAACUACAGCAGGACUAAGGUCAAGAACAGUGCAGAGGAGAAGUCUUCACACCCCGAACACAACAACAAACACCUCAGAACUAAGUGAGGAAAGAGAUCUGUGUCGUGUAUCACUGACACUGUUGUAGAGGCCACAUCUGGUUGUCUGCUGGCUGUGGCUGAGAAGGUGGAGCAGGAUGAAUGCUCUCUAGUUGAGGCUGAGCGAGCGACUCUGCAGGAGUUCGGACACUGUCUAACACAGAUAAAACACUUCAUGUUCAAACACACACACAGAUAG